AUGUCUGGCCGCGGCAAAGGAGGAAAAGUCAAGGGAAAGGCAAAGUCCCGAUCAUCUCGUGCCGGACUUCAGUUCCCAGUUGGUCGUAUCCAUCGUCUGCUCCGCAAGGGCAACUACGCAGAACGUGUCGGAGCUGGAGCUCCCGUCUAUCUGGCCGCUGUCAUGGAAUAUCUGGCAGCUGAAGUGCUGGAAUUGGCAGGAAACGCCGCUCGUGACAACAAGAAGACCCGUAUCAUCCCGCGUCAUCUUCAGCUGGCCAUCCGCAAUGACGAGGAGUUGAACAAACUGCUCUCGGGCGUCACCAUCGCUCAGGGAGGUGUUUUGCCCAACAUCCAAGCCGUUCUGCUGCCCAAGAAGACCGAAAAGAAGGCUUAA